AUGUCCGAUAUGGGACCAAGAGUCUUCGUCACCGGGGCCACGGGUUAUAUUGGCGGUGAUGCUCUAUUCGAAAUUGCCAAAGCCCAUCCCAACUGGUACAUAACGUGUGCUGUCCGCAACAGCGACAAAGGCACUAAGAUCGCGCAACAAUACCCCUCGAUCAAGCUUGUCCACGCUGAUCUCAAUGACGUCGACGUGAUCGAAGAAGCAGCAUCCAAGGCUGACAUCGUCUUCCAUUUCGCCAACUGCGACCACGAAGCAUCAGCCAAGGCCAUUGUCAGAGGCCUUGCACGUCGCACGGGUAAUACGCCUGGAUACUGGAUUCACACGUCGGGCGCACUCAUCUUAGGCACCGAGACGAUCGACCGAGGCUGUUGGGGUGCCGAAUUGUCCCAGGUCUUCGACGACUGGAAUGGCGUGGACGAGUUGACUUCGCUCCCCGACCACGCUGAGCACCGCAAUGUCGAUAAAUUAGUGCUAGAAGCUUCGAAAACAUACCCGGACAAGAUCAAGACUGCCAUCGUCUGUCCACCAGUAAUCUUCGGCCGAGGAAGAGGUCCCGCGAAUCAACGCAGUAUCCAGCUGUACAGAUUGACCGAGGCAUUUCUGACGCAUAGAAGGGCCUUCAUGGUCGGCAGGGGCAAGAACAUCUGGAAUCAGGUGCAUGUCCAGGAUCUGUCCAGACUGUACUUGCUCCUCGGCCAGGCCGCGGCGAACAAUGGCGAACCAGCGACAUGGGAUGACUUGGGGUACUACCUUGCUGAGAGCGGGUCAUUUGUGUGGAAAGACGUUAUCGAAGCCGUGGCAGGAGAAAUCUCGAAACAAUGCUCGAUGGAGCUGAGGGUGGUGGAGGAAUUGUCUCCUGAAGAGGCUACCAAAUUGCUCCGGGGUGCUAAAUAUUUGAUUGGCGCCAAUUGUCGUGGAACGUCCAUCAGAGCUAGAAAGCUCCUUGGGUGGGAGCCUCGCGAAAAAUCUUUGAUGGAUGAAAUACCUGCUAUCGUAGAAGGCGAAGCGACCUCGUUAGGGCUAGCAUCACUUCUGGAACCACGCCAAUAA